AGGAGAGGAACUUGAGAACUUCACCGCAUUCAGAGCCAGGAGAUCUGUGAUCGGAGAUUUUGGGUGGUUGGACACUGAAUCGGCGACUACAGUCCAGCUGUGAUCGACAGAGGAGGACCGGUGUGGCUCUCGGCAUUGGAAGGAUUUCCGGCCAACAUGGAUGAUUUAGAUGCUUUGUUGGCGGACCUUGAGUCCACAACGUCCCACAUUUCAAAGCGUCCACUGUUCCUUACUGACGAAAACGCCUAUUCCCUCCCUGUUGGGAGUCAGACUCAGCAAGAAGUCUGCUCUCCACCCCAUGUCCCACCCACUCCCUCUGAGCAAACCCUGAACGGACUUGACGAAACAGAGUCUUUCAGCUCAGCUCAGAGAAGCCCCUGGUCUAGAGAUAGCAGCAGUCCAACCCAACCGCUUGGUGAGGAGGACCACGUAUACAGCUUCCCCAAUAAGCAGAAAGGUAGUGACUCAUCAGCCGGCAUGACCUUAUCCAUGGGCAGCAACCUGUCAGAGCUGGACCGCCUGCUGCUGGAGCUCAACGCUGUACAGCAAAGCACCCCUGCCUUUGCCACAGAAGAAGAGGCAGCUCCACCACUACCUGCCAGUAGUGUAGUCCACCAUAUCCAGGAGAAUGGAGUCUCCACUGCAGGCAAGGUAGCGCCACCUGUACUGGAGAAGCCCAAACGCAGCGUGGCAGCUCGAGGGAUAGAGGAUGUACGACCAAGUGUAGAGAGCCUUCUAGAUGAGCUGGAAAGCUCUGUGCCCACACCUAUUCCCACACCUUUGGGGGUAUCAGACGAACAAGAGGAAACACCAGCACAGCAGCAAGCCAGAAUGUCUGCCUCCUCUGCCACACGAGAGCUAGAUGAGCUAAUGGCUUCCCUGUCUGACUUCAAAGUCCAGAGCAAUAUCCAGUCGCAGGGAAAGAUUUCUCCUACUGGUCCACCCAAACCAGCCAACAAACUGGACAACAUGCUGGGAAGCCUGCAAUCAGACCUCAACAGACUCGGAGUCCAGACUGUGGCUAAAGGCGUCUGUGGUGCCUGCAAGAAACCCAUUGUUGGACAGGUGGUGACUGCCAUGGGCAGAACGUGGCACCCUGAGCACUUUGUGUGCACCCACUGCCAAGAAGAGAUAGGCUCCAGGAACUUCUUUGAGCGUGACGGGCAGCCUUACUGCGAGAAAGACUAUCACAACCUGUUCUCACCAAGAUGCCACUACUGUAAUGGACCCAUACUGGAUAAAGUAGUGACUGCUUUGGACAAGACUUGGCAUCCAGAGCACUUCUUCUGUGCCCAGUGUGGAAACUUUUUUGGACCUGAAGGUUUCCAUGAGAAGGAUGGAAAGGCAUUCUGCAGAAAGGACUACUUUGACAUGUUUGCCCCGAAAUGUGGCGGUUGUGCACGUGCCAUCCUGGAGAACUACAUCUCUGCUCUCAACUCCCUCUGGCACCCUGAAUGCUUUGUCUGCAGGGAGUGCUUUACGCCAUUUGUAAACGGCAGCUUCUUUGACCACGACGGCCAGCCGUACUGCGAGGCGCACUACCACGAACGGCGCGGCUCACUGUGCUCUGGCUGCCAGAAAGCCAUCACUGGCCGCUGCAUCACAGCCAUGGGCAAGAAGUUUCACCCAGAGCACUUUGUGUGUGCUUUCUGCCUCAAGCAGCUUAACAAGGGCACCUUCAAGGAGCAGAAUGACAAGCCCUACUGCCACGGCUGCUUCAUUAAACUCUUCAGUUAAAUCGUGUGUACACCCAUGCACACAUUUAAUUACAUGUCUAAAUGCACGUGUGGAUGUGUGCGCGCUCACAUGAUAUGUAUGGUUUUUUUUGAGACAGAUGGUGUUAUGUUGUGGUGGAUCAUCAUUAGAAAGGUGAAAAAUGUCUCUGACUAUCAGUUCUUGACUUGACACUGAAGGGAUUUCCCUGGCUGUCCAACCUCUCAGGCUUGGCAUUUCACACUUUUGCUAAAGACAUUUUAACAGAGCCCAAAGAGAUUUUUAUUUGAGUUUUAUUCCUGCGCUGCGUGCAGCAAAGAGAAUAUGCUAAUUUCCCCUUGUGUGUGAGUAUGUAUAGGAGCAUAUGAGGGUAGCAUUUAGACUCCCUCAGAGCCCUGUUUUGUAAAUGGUUUUAUUCCCCCAUUGCAGGGCAAGAUUUUGCAUUACAUGGUGAAAUAGUUUUAUGCAGGUAAGCUUGAUUGCAUGGACCAUGGAGAGUUGACUUACAGCAAGCAGUUAUGAAAUAUGUUGAGUGUUGAGUGUUGGAUACCCAGUGCUUGCCCAAUGAGUGUUGGAAUAACCUAUGAAAAAGAUGUAUUUUUCUAGUCUUGGAAACUGUUGAGGUGCCAUUUAAAAGAGCCAUGAAAACACCCCAUAUAUGUAUGUACAUGCACACAGACACACACUGAACUUCUUCACUUCUUUAAGAUAAUAGUUCAAUCUCUUUGCACACUCCAACCGCAGAUCUCUUGAUGAGACCGUCUUAAGGUGCAUUUUACAGUUUCAGAUAUGAGUUUUUAUUUUUCUACUGUCCUAUUUUUCCUAUGAAAAUUAAUGCAGAUGUUCACAUUCAUGCUCAUGUAACUUCAUUUAUUCCCAGUGGAACAGUAAUCCAACAUUUAGUUGCCUGGCAGUUCUUUCACAGCUGGUUACUAGUAGAUUUCUAUCACAGAUUCCUAAAAUCAUCAUAUUGAACUUUCUUUUUCCUGUACCAACUUGCAACUGUUUUUAUUUUACUACUGCAAAGUAUGUGUUGUCAUUUAUGCCAAUAAUGUUCAAAUAAACUUUUGGAAGUAAUGAUGACAAAAAUGUAGGUCAAAAAGAAUAACAUGUACCAUGGUCAUAAAUGUUGAACCUUUGGUGCAGUUUUUGUUUUGUUUUUUAGAAAAGAAAGAAUUCAAAAUUCAGAAGAAUUCUAUUCAGAAAAAAAUCUGUUUCAGUUCAACAUGUUUUCAUCAUUUUACUGUUGCUACUGUUGUGAAUGAAUCACUGUAUUAAGGCUGGUUCAAAAUUUAAAAUUUGGUUGUGUUAACAUUAGUAGAGAAUUUGGAUUAAAAGCACGCUACUCUCUAUUAUGUAGAGUUUUAUCAGCACUAGCUGCCAGUUGCUGCUACAGUCAGAAUCUAAAUUUAUAUACCUGUAUUAUGCUCAACCUUGUGACUCAACUGGGUUUUGUCACUGUUUUGAUGAGAAUAUAUAUUUUUGAGCUGUUGGUGCUCACAUUGAUAUGCAAAGAGCUGGCUCUAUUGGCAUGUAGGCUAACAAUAGUUGACCCUGUUACUCACAAACACAGACACACCAGUUUAGAUUCCAGUGUGUCAGACUUCCAAGGACACACAGCCCUCCAUGUUUUUAGUAUGAGUCAUGAACUAUGAUCCUGCUGUAUGAGUUGAUAUCAGUGCGAGACUCACUGGUGGCAGCUG